AUGGCCACUUUAAACUCACUAUUUUGGAAAUAUAGUUUGUACCAAAUUCUUAUCACCACUUUACUAGUGUUUCGAGCAACUGCUGUAAAUUGCUUAAUUAAGUAUGAGUUGAAAGCAAUCACCCCCGAAAAUGAAGCAAUCAUCCACAAGGAAGAAGUUAUAACCAACCAAGUAAACGCUUUUUCCAUCACUCUUCUCAGUGACGUCACCGUUUUACGCAAAAGUAUGCUACUAAUUACUUCCGAACUCCUUUACUUACAACUAGAUGGUCACAAUAUAGAAGAAAUAGAAACCGGAGCUUUCGAUAAUCAAAACAUAACUGAAUUAAUAAGUCUUAACAACAACAAACUAACUGCUAUCGUUUCUGGUACUUUUAGAAAUAUGGAAGUUCGAGCAAUCGAUUUGAAUCACAAUGAAAUUACACACGUUGAAGAGAAUGCCAUCACCGAUAUGCCAAACUUGAUCCAAAUUAUCCUGUGUCGAAAUAAAAUUGUCAAAUUCCAUGGUAACUCUUUCGUGAAUACUCCACAAAUGUUGAUUGUUUAUCUGCAACACAACGAGUUGGGGGAAUUGGGUGAAAAAUCGUUCAGUUUUUUUAAGAAAAAAGAAGCAGGGUUCGUAGAGUUGCAGUACAACAAAAUUGAAAAAAUACAUCCUAAAGUCUUCGAAGAAUCAAGGAUUUGGUACCUGGAUUUAAGUCACAAUAAACUGAAUGAAGUUCCGGAAGAAAUGUUUACAGAAAGUUUGGUUGAGUUGAAACUAAAUAACAACACACUGGAAGAUCUACCGAGUUCUUUUUUCCAGAAGAAAAAUUUGAAAGUACUCGAUAUUAGCGACAAUCCUCUCAAAUGUGGUACUUUACAAAAACUGAAGAAGUUUGCCAGAGAAAAUAGUUUGGCAAUAAAAUAUGACAACAAGAAUUGUUAA